AUGGAGAACCUCCAAUUCCUACCUGCGAACGCCCGGUUCAACGCCGUCACCCUAGACGGCCCCGAUACGUGGCGCCCAUGGUAUCAGAUCACCAAAUCGAUGGCUAUAGGCCUCAUGAUAUGGGAUUAUAUUGAUCCCGCAGUCGACGACAAAGACCUACCGCCCAUUCCUGUUGGCCCGAGGCCGAUCCUUAGAGAUUACUGCUCCAAUAUUCCUGAGGAAGGCGAACUCCAGAUAAGUCAUUUGACGGCCAACGAACAAGGCAGAUUUCACAUUGCUAUGGAGAAACAUCUCACCCAGAAGAAGAAACAUGAAGCUCCGCUAGGUACGAUGACGGCUCAUAUAACCUCGACCGUAUCCAGCUCUCACCAGCAACUCCUAUACGGCCAAGAACAUCCGCGUGCAAUGCUUCAACUUCUCGUGAAGCGCCAUACGCAAUCCGACAUCGCCCGCCGAACGGAGAUCAAGGCAAAAUGGAGAGAGGCAGCCAUUCACCGAGGCCUCUCCACCAAAAAGCAGAUCGACAAUUGGUGCAACCGCUGGGUCGGUGUAUUCACCGAAGCCAGAAAGUUCAACGUCUUCACCAGCGAUCAAGAUACUGACGCGCUCCAAGACUUCGUAUACGCCACCACAACUGUCGACAAAGAGUUCAGUCGAAGGCUUCACAUGGCCAUUCUCUCCGAAGAGAAAAAGAACUUCACCGACGCCGUCGAAGAGUUCAGAGUAUUCCAUACGCUCUGGGCCGUCCAUACUGCAUACAGCAAAUCUGGACGACGGCCAAUGGAUGGCACCUUUGCCACGCUCGGAGAAAACGACUCGGCAGACGAAAAAGAUGAGAACACCAAAGACGACAAGAAAUCCAAGAAAAACGGCAAAGAUAAAGACGACAAAUCGAAGGUAACAUGCCCGGCAUGUGGCCAUCCGCAUUUCAUUACUUCCUGCUGGUAUCUCAACGCCAAAAGAGCUCCAAAAGAUUGGGAGCCUCAAGAGGAAACUUUGCAAAAAGUGAAGGAGAAUAUGCGGGAUCCGACCAUCAAGAAGAGAGUACUAAGCGCCUUCAAAAGAUCCAGAUUCAACACCAUGACGUUCGAAAUCGAGGCCGAAAAGAACGACUCCAAAGACCCGGAGAAAGUCAUGAUGACGAUCGCCUAUUCACUAUCCAACAGCUCACGAUACGGCCUAUAUAAAAGCGUCAUCGCCGACUCCGGAUCCUCUAUACACGUCACCAACGACCUCACCAAAAUGAUCGACAUCCGCGACGCCUCUGAAGACGACGUUGUCCUUGUCGGCAAUACAGUCAACAAGAUUGAAAAGUUCGGUACACUCCGCGUCUCUUGCAAGGGACCAGACGGCUCAAAGAGGCUCCUAAAGCUUAAGAAUUGCGCCUACGUUCCCGGCUUUCAUACCACCAUCGUGUCCCUCGAUAGAGCCGUGUCAGCAGAUCUAUAUUUCAGCGGCCGUAAGAGGACUCUUGAAGACUCGAAAGGAACGGACUUUUGCGUACUCGAACGACAUCACGGAUUAUACACACUUUACUACGAGAAAUUCGAUAUUGACGACGACGAAGAGAUCAAGGCCUCUUACGCCGCAAUGGAGACGAAAAUUCGACGCUCCGCAACUCCAAAAACGCUGUCAGGAAGCCCAAAAAUUUGGCAUGAGCGUAUGGGCCACCUCAACGCCAACGCAGUAUCCAAACUCCCGAUAUUCGCGACCGGUAUACAGAUCGAUCCGGCGCCUCAGCUCUCUAGUGAAGAGCAAGAAGAAGAACCGCUCUGCGCGCCAUGCAAACUCUCGCAAUUCCCUAAGCAGAUAUCACGAGUUGAAUCGACCAGAGCAACCCGACCCUUUGAGAGGAUCUAUUUCGACAUCCUCACUUUUGAAGCAUCUUGGAACAAUAUGAAAUACGCCUCUCAUUUCCUAGAUGACGCCACCCGGAUGAGGUGGAUAGUACUGCACGCUGAGAAAAACGAUUGCCAGCGCGCCGUCCAAUCGCUCGACGCCUACGCCUUCAGGCAAUUUGGCCUUCAUAUUCAGUUCCUUCACAUGGAUAAUGAGACAUCGCAGCUCUCAAACGACUUCAAAUUCGUCAAGGAACAAUGGGGUUUAGCCUUCGAAACUACCGUCCCCGAUACGCCUGAACAAAACGGCGCAAGCGAGCGAUCAGGAGGAAUUAUUUUGCAGAGAGCCAGAGCGCUCCUAUUGGCCGCUAAUAUGCCCCGAAAUCUUGUAUCCGAAGCCAUGAAGGCGUCCGUUUAUAUACUGAAUCGCACGCCUACAAGAGAUGAGAAAAACAAAUGGUUUGUACCGCUCCAAAAGUUCCGAGCGCUGACGGGCAAUACUCGCCCAGUGAAUAUAGCCAACGUCUUCAAGUUUGGAUCGCUCGCCUACUGGCGGCCAAAGAUCCCUGACUCUCAUAAGAUGGAGCCAAGAGCGGCCAUCGGAUAUCUCUGCGGAUACGAAGAAGCCCACAACAUUUGGAGGAUCUGGAACCCUCGCGCCAAAGCCACACGAUAUUCAGUCAUCCGAGCAAGAGAUGUGGUGUUUGACGAGGCGAGAACCUACGACGAGAACGAUCCAAUUCACACAGCCGGUUUGAGAUACGCUAUCCCAGCACAUGUCGACGAAAAAGAAAAAGAGAAACUGGUUGAUAUACCGUUCCUUAUUGGCUUCGAAAACGAUUCUCCCGAACUCGACGAUGAAAACGAGCCUACUCCCGAGCCCAACGACAUAGAAAUGGGUGAGAACGAAGAGGUUGAAAACGACGGACCUCACGCCGAAAUCGAUGCUCAAAAUGAAGCUAUUCCCAACUCACCUGGCAAUUUGAUAUCACAUGACGACGGGAACCCCGCAAUUUCGCUUAUUCCCGCCGCUAGCCCGAGCUUGGCAAGCACUGCAGCCAAUCAGAGCUCUUGGACCCACAACGACUAUGAAACUAUCCCAACGACACCCGACUGGGUAGUGGAAAGCGAGGAAAACGAGGAGAUCCUCAACUCCAAAAACGACAGCGCUGGAGGGCUCCCACAACCAGAAAACGAGACAGACGAAAACGAUGAUGGAGAAGAAACGCCGACACCGCUUUCCCCCGAAGAAUCCGACCUAGAACCGCACGAAACCGACAUAGAAGAAGGGGAGUGGGAUCCCAAUCCCAGACUCCUGACUACGCAGGUCGAAUUGGACAGAGAGGCCCGAUACGACCGCCUGCACCGAAAGCGAGAUCCGAAAGAUCCUAUAGACGAAGACCGCCCGAGACGGAGGCCUCCUCCCAAAGUUUUCUAUACCGAACUCCUUCACCGGCCGGCAAAAGACUUCACCGGAUACUACAUCUCUCUUCACUCAGCGAUCUCCAAGCCUCCCGGACCAUUGCGAGAGGCACCAGGCGAAGCUAUUCACCGAGAUCAGCUCCAAAAAGAACCGAAAAACUGGGCAGAACUCAUGAAGCAUCCAUAUAAGAACCAGUUUAUAGAGGCCGCCAGAGUCGAAUUCGGUACUCUUAAAGAACUCCACACCUUUGAAAUCGUUCCUACACCAAAAGGCAAGAUCGUCAUACCGCUCACAUGGGUAUUCAAAUACAAAUUCGACGCCGCCGGCUAUCUGGACAAAUUCAAAGCGCGCCUCUGCGCUAGAGGAGAUCUCCAACCCAGCAACUACGCUGAUACUGCAGCAGCAACUCUAGCCGCCCGAUUAUUCCGACUCAUGAUGGCGCUCGUCGCUUAUUUCGACCUCGACGUCGUCCAAUUAGACGUUAUCAACGCCUUCAUCCAAAGCUUCAUGGACGAAGAAGUAUAUGUCGAAACACCACCCGGCCCCUGGCGCGUCAAAGGCAGAGUAUUCAAAUUGAAUCGACCCCUAUAUGGCCUCAGACGAUCGCCGCGCAUCUGGCAGAAAGAGAUAUCUUCAACGCUUCUUAAAUAUGGCUUCAAGCCAGUGCCGGAAGAGCCUUGCCUCUUUGUCACGAAGUAUCUCAUGGUCAUUUUCUUCGUCGACGAUAUACUCGUCAUGAGCAAGAGAUCAGCCAAAGCCAAGAAGGAGGCCGCCAACUUCAUCGAAUAUAUGGAGCGUACAUACAAAUUGCGAAAUCUUGGCGAAGCGAAGUGGUUCCUGAAUAUCAGAAUUAUCCGCGAUCGUCACAAUCGGAGAAUCCAGUUACUUCAAGAUUCCUAUAUCGACAGUUUGCAGGCCAAAUACAACCUCACGGCACCRAGCAGAAUACCGAAAACGCCUUUGCCUACCGAAAAACUGACGCCUGCGCCUCCAGAUUAUACGCCUACAAAGCAAGAUAUUCUCCUAUACCAACAACUUGUUGGCUCAUUCCUUUAUCCCACCACGAUGACGCGCCCUGACGCCUCCAAAGCGGCCAGCGAGCUUGCUCAGCAUAUGAUGCGGCCCACCAAAACUCAUAUCGAGGCGGCCAAGUACGCCAUUCAGUAUCUCAUCGCCACGAAGGACCUAGGAAUCGAAUACUCGGCCAACACCAAAGAGAUUAUUGCCAUGGCAUCCGACGCUUCCUUCGGCGAUAAUCCCAACCGACGCAGCUCUGACGGAUGGCUUAUGAAGCUAUUCGGAGGUCCAAUCGACUGGAACGCUCGCAAACAGAAAACAGUCACCACCUCCACCACCGAAGCCGAAUUACUCGCCGUCACCGAAGGAGCGAAAAACCUCAUAUGGUGGAGAAGACUCUUCAACGCCAUAAAGUUCGAUCCGGAGGUCGAAUUGCGCCUCCUCUGCGACAACGCCCAAACUGUACGAUUGCUCAACUCGGACGAUCCUGCAUUCACUACACGACUUCGACACGUCGAUAUUCACCGUCACUGGCUUCGCGAGAAGUGUCAGAACGGAGAGAUCAAAGUCGACUGGAUAGAGACAAAAGAUCAACCAGCAGACGGCCUUACCAAACUCCUCAGUGGCCCGCGCCACGAAACAUUCAUUCGCCAACUCGGCCUUGUCAAAAUUGAAGCUAUUCCCGACGCCUAG